AUGCCGCCUAAAAAAGGAAAAGGUAAAGAUAAAGGUACUGCACAAGCGACCAAAGCUAUGGCGAUGGGGCCUCCACCUAAACCCAAGAAAAUCCCACCACCACCCGCCUGCUUCGGUCCAGACGACUUAGCAAAAUUCAAAGAAAUGUUUAAAGCCCACGAUGAAGAAGGUAUUGAGAAGGUGAAAAUAGUGGACAUACCAUUAAUGUUGAGAAAACUUGGGUUCAACCCAAAAACAGCAGAAAUAAAGGAACUAUUCAGACUUUUUUUGGAAGACGAUUUAGUCGACACUGUGGAGUAUCACGAAUGGUUAUUUAUGAUAGAAGCUAAAAUGAAUUGGGGUGAUGACUUUGAAGUUGAGGUGACGAAAGCUUUUGCGGCGUUAGCCCAUGACGAUGAAGACACUGGUAUAGCGGAUUUAGAGCUUCUACGACAAGAACUAAUGACAUGGGGAGAGCCUUUGACCGAGAUCGAAUUUGUUGAUUGGCUGAAACUAGCUAUUAAAGACAAAACUUACAAUCCAGAGGACGGCAGUUUUGCAUACGUUAAGUUUAUUGAAAACAUGAACGCUAAGGAUGAAAGAUACAUUAAGGAGCCGAUCAACUUCUUCAAAUUAGAUCAGAAGACGUUAGCUGCAAUGGCCCUACAGAAGGCACAAGAGGAAAAGGAAGAACAGGAGAGAAAGGAAGCGGAAAAACGAGCUAAAGAAGAAGCUAGGCGGCAAAAGAUGAUAGCUGAUGGCUUGAUACCGCCCGACUAG